UACCGUCUAGCGGUAGUACCCAACCUACCCCUUUCGCGGCAGGAUGUUCCACUGAGGGUCCCGGUGUCAGCACACCCCCUCAUACCGGCUUUCUAAGUGUACCCGAGCGCUACCCCGAGUACCCCAACCAAGUCACCCCUCUUGUAGG